GUAAGGACGGACUUCAGGCGUAUCAGGUGUGAAGAUAUGAGGGAGAAGCUGUUCACGUUUCACCGCUUGGUGUUCUGCAUCUCCUUAACGCUAUUUUGUGGCACGAGGUCAGUAAGUGCAGACACCUCAACGGAUGCCUUCAAAAACAAUAUCACCCUCUUCACACGCAUCUUGGACAGACUCCUGGAUGGCUAUGAUAACCGGCUCAGGCCUGGACUAGGAGAUCGGGUCACCACAGUGAAGACUGAUAUCUACGUCACCAGUUUUGGGCCUGUUUCAGACACUGAUAUGGAAUACACAAUAGAUGUGUUCUUCAGGCAGAGCUGGAAAGAUGAGAGGUUGAAAUUUGAGGGACCAAUGAACAUCCUGCGUCUCAACAACCUGAUGGCCAGCAAAAUCUGGACUCCGGACACAUUCUUUCAUAAUGGGAAGAAAUCAGUGGCACACAACAUGACCAUGCCUAAUAAGCUCCUGCGUAUCCAGGAUGAUGGCACUCUGCUUUACACCAUGAGGUUGACGGUGCAUGCUGAGUGUCCAAUGCAUCUUGAGGACUUUCCCAUGGAUUUCCACUCCUGUCCUCUCAAAUUUGGCAGCUAUGCAUACACAACAACAGAGGUGACGUACACCUGGACAAAGAACGCCUCAAACUCGGUGGUGGUGGAGGGGGAGAGCUCCCGAUUAAACCAGUAUGAUUUACUGGGACAGACUGUAGGCAAUGAGACAAUUAAAUCCAGCACUGGCGAGUACACAGUGAUGACAGCUCACUUCCAUCUGAAGAGGAAGAUUGGAUAUUUUGUGAUUCAGACAUACCUCCCGUGCAUCAUGACAGUCAUCCUAUCACAGGUCUCGUUUUGGCUCAAUCGUGAGUCUGUGCCUGCCAGGACUGUGUUUGGUGUGACGACUGUACUGACCAUGACAACUCUGAGUAUUAGCGCCCGUAACUCACUACCUAAAGUGGCCUAUGCCACCGCCAUGGACUGGUUUAUCGCCGUGUGCUACGCUUUUGUCUUCUCAGCCCUCAUUGAAUUUGCUACAGUCAACUAUUUCACCAAACGUGGCUGGGCCUGGGAUGGCAAGAGCAUUGUCAACGACAAGAAGAAGGAGAAAGCCUCUGUGAUUAAGAAAAACAACGCAUACGCAGUGGCUGUUGCGAACUACGCUCCCAACAUCACCAAGGACUCUGUCCUGCCCACCAUCGCUAAAGGUGGAGUUGCAGAAGCAGGCAAGGCCAAAACUGAGAGUAAACCAGCCGAGAACAAGAAAACCUUCAACAGCGUGAGUAAGAUCGACCGUAUGUCCCGCAUCAUGUUCCCUGUGCUCUUCGGAACCUUCAACCUGGUUUAUUGGGCCACCUAUUUAAACAGAGAACCUGUUAUCAAGGACAUGGUCCCCUCCAACCAAUGAUGCUCUUUAGUAGCGCUGAAGAUACAGGACUAAAGAGAAAAGCCAAAAACCAUCCAGGGAAUUCAUACCCUCAUUCACACAUGAAACCAGUGUCUCGAUAUCCAGCCACCGAGCUAUGGACUGUUGAUUGUGUCUCCUCUCUUCACUCUUUUCUACCGUUUUUCUGCCGCGCUUUUCAAAAUGUAAAUAUGUAUUUAUGCAUAAGAUGUGCCCUGUAUGGUUUUUUUCUCCAAACAUGGCUGUUUGUAACCAUUGGGUUUACUGUGUUUAUAUUUUGCUGUUCUGUGAGUGUUUGUGGAUUCUCCUGAAAUCAGACUUUGACCUUUUUCUGUGAUCUACUCUAGCAUAUUGUAGUGUACUGUAUAUGAUAUAGUUCAAUUAUUUUUAGUAUUUUAUUACCAUGACAUUAUUAUUUUACCUAUUUGUUUGUAAUGGUGCUUGUAGACAGUUACCAAGAUGAGUAAGAGGUCAUGCGAGGAAGAGUCAAAACCUAAACAGAAAAAGAGAAAGAAACAUCAUAUUGCCAUCUACAUUUUUAGUCUCAUCCUUUACUGUGAAUUCAGCAUUUUUUUUUACAUAUUGUAAAUUUAAAAUGAUUACAGUACAUUAAGAACACAACAGUAAAUACUGACUUUUCAUCUGUUUAAAUUAGAUUACAUUUAUUUCAUUUUUUUUUAAUUCUGUUACAUUAAAUAUUAGUUUUAAUGUAAG